GUGUCAUGGCAGCCGGAGCGAGGCGGCAGCCGGUCCCGGGGUCGGUGUCGGUCCCGCCGAGGCGGGGGAUGAGCGGCGGGACGGGGGGGAUGUGAGGCGGGAGGGUGCCAUGUCGGGGUGCGUGUGGGGAGCGGCGCCGCUGCUGGAGGCGCUGGGCCGGCUCUGGGAGGUGCAGGCGCCGCUGGGCAGCGGCUCUUCGGCCUCCGUCUACCGGGUUCGGUGCUGCGGGGAUCCGCGGGCCCCUCCCGGUGCCGUCAAGGAGUUCGUACCUCCCCCGCCACGGGCCGGUCCCCCCCGCCGCCCCGGAGCCCGCCCGCCCGCCGCCGACUGCGCCGAGUACGGAUUCCGUAAGGAACGCGCAGCGCUGGAGCAGCUCCGCGGGCACCGCAACAUCGUGACACUCUAUGGUGUCUUCACCAACCACUACUCUGCAAAUGGCCCAUCUCGCUGCCUGCUGCUGGAGCUGCUGGACAUCAGUGUCUCCGAGCUGCUGCUGCACUCCAGCAACCAGGGCUGCUCCAUGUGGAUGAUCCAGCACUGUGCCCGAGAUGUUCUGGAAGCUUUGGCAUUCCUGCACCACAAAGGCUACGUGCACGCCGACCUCAAGCCACGCAACAUCCUGUGGAGUGCAGAGGAGGAGUGCUUCAAGCUCAUUGACUUUGGGCUUAGCUUCAAAGAAGGGAAUCAGGAUGUGAAAUAUAUUCAGACAGACGGGUAUCGGGCUCCAGAGGCAGAACUGCAGAACUGCCUGGCACAGGCAGGGCUCCAGAGUGAGACAGAGUGUACCUCUGCUGUGGAUCUGUGGAGUCUGGGAAUUGUUUUACUGGAAAUGUUCUCAGGAAUGAAACUGAAACAUACAGUCCAAUCUCAGGAAUGGAAGACAAACAGUCCUGCCAUCAUUGAUCGUAUAUUUGCCAGUGAAGGGGUGGUUAAUUCAGCCAUUCCAGCUUAUCACCUCAGAGACCUUAUCAAAAGCAUGCUUCAUUGUGACCAAGGAAAGAGAACCUCUGCUGAGAAGGCUUUGUGCAGCCCAUUCUUCAGCAUUCCCUUUGCUCCCCAUAUUGAAGAUUUGGUGAUGCUCCCCACCCCUGUGCUGAGGCUGCUGAAUGUUCUGAGUGAUGCUUCUCUGCAGUGUGAAGAAGAAUAUGAAGAUAUCCUGGAAGACAUAAGGGAGGAGUGUCAGAAAUAUGGACCAGUGGUUUCCUUGCUUAUUCCAAAGGAGAAUCCUGGUAAAGGCCAAGUCUUUGUUGAAUAUGCAAAUGCUGGUGAUUCCAAAGCUGCCCAAAAAAUGCUGACUGGAAAAAUUUUUGAUGGGAAGUUUGUUGUGGCUACGUUUUACCCACUGAGUGCCUAUAAGAGAGGAUAUCUGUACCAAAACUUGCUGUAGGCAGUAGCAACAAUCAAAGAGAGUUGUCUUGCUCCUCUUCCUCGUGUUUUACAGUUGAAUGUACAAAAGAGCUUCCUAGCCCUGCUUUUGAGUCAUCUGUGAAGGAGAGAUGCAAAGGACUUCAUUGGGCUUUGAAACCUUUUAUUGCUGCUUUGUUGUGUGCAGAGGAGGCAGGGAUGGCUUUCAGUGUGUGCUUGUGUGCCUGUGUUGUGCUUUUACUGGUUUACACUGGGUUUGUGGCUUUGCCCUGGAGGGCACUCAGGUGCCAGGAGUGGUGGCUGGAGGCAGAUCUUGGUAAGCACUUUUGGAAGUGAGUUUCAAGCACUUGAGAGAGGAUUUCUUUGUUAAGCUUUCCUGUAGUGCAUGUGCUCUCCUCCAGGAGGAGGAGGAGGAGCAGGAGGAGGGAAGGGUUCUCUGCUUUUUGUUGUGGGAAAUGAAGAACCAGAAGCACUGUCCUCUUAGAACUAGACCCAGGAAGACUUUUGAGCCUUCACAUCAGGUGUAGAGCAGAAGGAGGCAGUGAAAUGAGCUUUGCUGAGCCUGCAGUGACCCAAGAAGAGCCACCCAUCUGAGCUGGCACCUUAGGCAGGGAGGUGUGGGUGAGCUCAACUUGGUUUUUUUAUGCCUGGGGUGAGCAGGGACUGCUGGUGGAUAUGUGCAGUGCCAACCUCAGUCCCAACACAACCUGUAAGCACUUUGUAACCUGAGCUGAUGUGAAAACCCUGGUGUCUGGAGUCAUCUUUCUAGCAUAUACCCUGUGCUGGCACUGGUGCUCCCUAGCUCUGAUGCCAAAUAUUCUGUAAUAUGUGUCUUUAGGUGAUAGCUUUUUGAUUGGAGUGCUACAGUACACCUUCUUCUUUGUGUCUCAGCAGGAUUCCUGCCCUGCCAGUCUUCUAAGAAAGAACAAAUAUUUGUCUGUCCUUGGUACCCACGCUUGGCUUCUCCCUGUGGGGUUUCAGUUUUGCAUUAACCCAUUAGACUUGUAGAUGAGAAGCACUGACACUUUUGGGUCCUUCACAGGCUCCCCAAAGGGCCUGGGGCAGUCUGAGAUCCUGUCUGGAAAGGGUUUGGCCAAGCAUCAGAAUGCACUGGCCAGGGCUAUGUCUGGUUUAGUGUCAGGGAUAACAGCCUGUGGGGUUUUUGGGGGGGAAAAAACCCUCCCCAUGCUCUCUGCUGCUGUGGCUUCAGUGCACACCCAGGCAGGAGCUGGCACAGGGCAGGCAGUGGCUGCUUCCCAAGGAUGUGCAGAUCCAGCUCCACUUUGCUCCUGGCAAGCACAGAGCUUGGGUAGAGGGGGACCAGCAUCUUCUGGCUGUGGUACCAGUGUUGGGAGGAGAGCUGCUGUGAAUUGUUUUUUCCAGAUGCAAUACUACUGGGCAGCUGCCUGAGCUGACUCCUGACUGCCUUCUGACCAUCCCUGGAAUAAUACCUGAAUUACCUUGCAGUUUAAUUUUUUUCUGAUGCUGGAAUCCUGCACGUAGAAGUCCCUCUUGAUAUUUUAUAUUUUUUUUUUUGCCCUGUGUUCCAGGAGAUUUGGUAUCUGUAGCAUUUCCAUGAGUCUUGAGUUUCUCUCUGUGCUGGUGUUGAGCCUUGUUUACUGUGGCUCUUCCCAAACUCUCCCAGAAAGGACCAAUCUCUUUGAAUUUUUUCUGUUGCCUUGGAGGUGGUGGGUUUUCCAGGAAUGGGGAAAAAAAAAAAAAAGACCCACAAUGAGUUUUAAGGUGUGAUUUGCUGGUCAGACUUUUUCUUUUGAGAAUGAUGCUACUUCGGUGUAUGUAAUUGUAAAGCAGCUUUGCAUGGAUGGGGUGUGUGAUUCAUUGCUUUUCAUUUAACUGUCCUUGCAGUGAAGCACUUUUACUCUCUGGGAGGAAUAAUUGGGGGAUGAACCAGGUGAGGGGUUUUUCCUGUGUGAAAAGCAGCAUUUAAAGCACUCUUAAAGGCUUGGUAGAUAUUUUCUGAGCUCCUCAGCUCUGACUUUUUGCUGUCCCUGGCUGAGCUGAGGCUGACAGCACUUUGGCCCUGCAGUUUAUGUGUUGAAUGCCAUUGUGUCAGCAGCACUCUGCCUCUCAGAUGGCAAAAAGGAGACUCAGGAGCUUGCCCUGCUGAGUGCCAGUCCCCCAGAAGACACUGAGAGCCCCCAAGGGUGCAGAAAUUAAAUGUAUUUAAGUCCUCACUUGGAUCUGUCUAGGGCUGGAAGCUGCUCUCUCAUCUUUUAAGCAUCUUUUUAGAGUUAUGCAACUAAAGAAAGCUCUGCCAGGAUUAAUUUUGAGAGGGGAGCUGCAUUCUGGAGUUCAGCUGCUUUAACAGGAGCUAAA